AUGCAAGCGCGAGCUAUUUGGCGAUACCUAUCUCAAACGCGACCAUUGCUUCCGUUCCGGUACAGCUGUUGCCGCCAUUUGCCUACAACGGAAGCGCCUCGACCCCGCAACCCCCUGACUCUCGUCAGAGUGUUCUCUAUAUCUGCGGGACGGAAAGAUAACGGAACUAGACCCGACAAGAAACUCACAAAAGAUGAUCCACCACGGUCUGAAAGUAGUGCUCCUACCAAGCGAAAAAUCAUUCCUCUUGCCAUACGAGAAAACAUCUACACUUGGCCUAACUUGUUGACUACCUCGCGUAUAUUGGCGUGCCCGGUUUUGGGAUGGGCUAUACUACACGACAGCUUCUACUUGUCGACGUCGUUGCUGGUAUACGCAAGUUUGUCGGAUUGGUUCGAUGGAUUUCUUGCACGAAGAUACAAUAUGCGCUCGGUGCUGGGGACUAUCCUUGAUCCUGCAGCUGACAAGACCCUCGUGACGACGCUCACGGUGACUUUGGCUAUGAAGGGGCUAUUACCAAUCCCGUUAGCUGUAAUCAUCAUCGGUCGAGACGUUCUCCUGAGCUUCUCCGCAUUCUACAUCCGAUACACCUCGCUUCCGGCCCCGAAAACGUUCUCCCGAUAUUGGGACUUUUCGAUACCGUCUGCGGAGGUCCGACCUACACAAAUCAGCAAGUACAAUACUGCCUUCCAACUCCUGCUUAUGGGCACUACCGCCAUCAGUCCUAUACUACCAAUUGAUCUGGCCAUUCCUCUGACGGCCUUGCAAUGGACAGUAGCGACCACGACGAUAUGGAGCGGGCUAUCAUACGUAUUCUCCAAGGAUGCGGUAAAACUGAUUUCGACCCGGAGGAAUGAUUCCGAUCAGCCUCCUCCUCCUCCUGUAACCUGA